CCAGCCUAGCGAUACUCGCUUUCCUUAAUUUGCCCUAUAAUUCUCCUCUUUCUCUCUUCUUUAAAGAGAACAGGCUCUCUCUUUGGUUACUAAAGCUGUGGAAAUAUGGGAGGUUGCGCCACCAAACCUAAGGUUUUAAAGGCUGACAACCGCAGUAUCCCGGCACCGCCUCCCGAGCCGAAGAAAGAAGCUGUUGCGGAGGAGGCAGAGGAGGGCGUGGACGUCGUUGCUGAAAAAGGCGAUCGAGAGGCGGAAGGCGAUGUUGUUGGUGAUGAUGUUAAGAGCAAGGAUGUUGAUGAGGCUAAUAAGGUUGAUGAUGGAACGAGCAAGCCAGAGUCUCUUGGUAACUUGUUGAAUGAGAAUGAAAAUAAGAGCGUAACCGAGACCGAGACUGAUAACAACGCGCCGUCGGAGCCGACUAAAACCGAACCACUGGAUGCAGCGGAUCAAGAAUCAACGGAGGAGAAGAAGCCAACCGAGCCAAUCGAGUCGACCAAGGAGCCAGAGCCUUUGUCUGUCGAACCCCAAGCGGCACCAGAGGCGACAGCAACAUUGGAUGGGGCUGAGCCUGAGACAGAAAAGAAAGAAACAUCAUCAGCUGCGGCAGUUGAAGGUGAAGAAGGGAAGACUGAAGUAGCAAAGUGAAGUUGCGACACUUGUGUUCAAACAAGUGUAAUAAGUUCACAUCUUGCUUCUUUUUCUGUUGGUUUAGGAUGUUAUAGAAAUCAAGUACUUCACUUGGUUUACGGCUUUUAUCAUGUGACAUAUGUUUGUUGCUCUGAAAUGAUUUUUUUUUUUACAUCCUAGUUUGUGCUUUUGCUUUCUAUAUUUUUUCCACUCAUUCACAAUGACAUUUGUUUUUAUCAUGUUCAAUUUAUAAGCAUGUAUCUUAGAUCUUAA